AUGGAAAAAAGUGCAUCCGUCACCAACACUCCGACAGUGAGGCCCGAUCGUGGCGAUCCUGCCUAUACCGACCUUCCAGCCUACUCUCAAGCUGCCUCGGACACGCCAGUCGAUUCUAAAGCUUCCUCGAGCACACCGGCAUACACUCAAAGUACUUCGGAUACGCCAGUCGAUUCUCAAGCUUCCUCGAGCACACCGGCAUACACUCAAACUGCCUCGAACACCUCUGCCUCUAUCUAUAAUUUCGUCCGGCCAUCACUGCUAAGUUCUCGACUUUCAGUCCGUUGCAACGACAUAGACAGAUAUUGUUUUGUAUCCGAUCACGCCUCAGACUCAAAAGUCUGGAUCCAUGCCGGAGCUUCCAAGUUAAACAAGGCUUUGGGCUGCAUUUCGUUCCCAUUAGCUUUUAACACGUUCCGGAUACACUGUGCCAUUGUAAAUGAAGCAGGCAGUGGCAACGAAACUAUCACAGGGCUAGAUGACAAGAACUUUCUUUCUGCUCCAUUGAUUGAUGUUGUUGCUGGAAUUGGAUACCCACAUCCCAAAACGUUCACUCUCAAAGUGCCGAAAGGAUUGGACUUCCAUGCGAAGGAAUUGGUCUGGAAUUAUCAGGGAGGUGACAUCACAGGUCCGACUCCUGCAAGAUAUGACCUCCGCGAUCACAACUCGGGUAGUACGUUACUAGCAAGCUUGAUCACUACGAAGGAGGGAAAGAAACGGACGGCUGUACAAUGGAUAAUCAGCCCUGAAAGCGAGUUGGAACAGGCGGUCCUGAUUAUGUCUUGCAUUGGAAUUGUAACGAGGUUGUCGAGGAAAGGAAAGUUCUACAACGACAAGGGCAUGUAUUCGAAGUGGAGAUAUCUUUGGUGGAUGUCGACACUAUCAGCGGUGGCAGUCGCUUAG